AUGGCCCAGUGGGAAAGCUGCCUGAGAGGCGAUGGAUCCUUCCCAAUGAGCCAGCGCAUCUUCCCGCCGUCCUUCUGGAACAGCACGUACCAGCCCUCCUCAGUGCCGGCCAGCCUGAGCAGCCCCCUGGCAGCUGCGGCCCACAGCGAGCUGCCCUUCGCCGCCGCCACCGACCCCUACGCGCCCGCCUCCCUGCACGGCCACCUGCACCAGGGCGGCCCCGAGCCCUGGCACCAUGCCCACCAUCACCACCACCACCACCACCACCACCACCCCUACAUCGGCACACAGAGCAGCGCCUACCCCCGCCCCGCCGCCAUGCACGAGGUCUACGGGCCCCACUUCGACCCCCGCUACGGCUCGCUCCUGGUGCCCACGGCCUCUGUCAGGCCCCACCGCCUCACGCCCGCCUCUGUGCCCGCACCCGUCAGCCCCCCCUGCGAACUGGGCAAGAGUGAAGCGGGCGCUGCUGCGGCCUGGACGACGCCGGGCCCCUUCCCCAAUGCAACAGGAGACAUGGCACAGAGCAUCGGCCUCAAUGUGGACACAGGUUUGCAAUCUCAGGAUAAAAGCAAGGAUCUGUACUGGUUUUAGAGCUGUCCUUCACUCUUCUUCCCCUGGCUCUCCCCUGUAGCUCUCUACCCGUUAGACAUGGUGGCAUUCAGAGCUGAAAUCGGGUCAGUUUGUAACAGCUUCUGGUCUUGGUUUGCAGCUCGCCGUUACUCCUUCUGUGGUGGAUCCCUUCUGAGCUGAUGUGCUGACUCAAAGACUCUCAGAUCCCCCCUUGCCCUUUUCCAAGCCCACCGUGACCCUGCUGCUUGGGGAAAGACAACAGGAUUUAAAAGGACCUGGCAUUGCAAGGGUGAUACUUUAGACUUAUUUCGGAGAGGAAAGUCAUUCUGUUGCAAGAAGAGAGCCAAAGACAUUGAACUUCUAUUUAAGCAGACCCCACACCCAGACCUGCAGCCAGACUACUCUGAAAGAGUCAAAUGACAUCGUGGAUGGUGAUGCAAAACCACUGGCCUUCACACAGGCAACAGAGGAAAUUCUGGGGGUUUUUUAGUGGUGUGAAUAUUUUUUUAUGGCAGUGAAAGUUAUUUCUUGAAUGCAACCAUGGGAAAGAUACUCAGCUGUUUUGAACUGGAUUUUUAUUUUGCAUUAUAGAAAAGUAAAAGGAGAAGAAACUGGAACUCAUGAACUUUUUCGGACUGUCAAGGAACUGGUCAGAUUUUUCAGCUUUGUGGUUGUGAGUGGCAAGUGUCUGACUGGGGCCACCUGCCCUGCACUUACAGAUAUGCAGCUGUUCCCCUCACAACUGCUUAAAUCCCAGAAAGACGAAAACCAAGGUGGCACUUCUCAGACUUUGGCACACUGCAUUGGCUGUAUAACAGUUGUUUGGUUGGGGGUGGGGUUGCUUGUUUGGUUUUGGUUGGGUUUUUUUUGUGU